UGAAGCUACCGGAAGAAGGAGCCGCCACAGAACCGGCAGAGGGAACGAAAGCGGCCGAAGCCUUCCUGCCCUGCCCUGCGCCGGGCCGAAGCGCUGCUGGGCCGCCAUGUCUAACAUGGAGAAACACCUGUUUAAUUUGAAGUUUGCUGCAAAGGAACUCAACAGGAACUCAAAAAGAUGCGACAAAGAAGAAAAGGCCGAGAAAGCAAAGAUUAAGAAGGCCAUCCAGAAGGGGAACAUGGAAGUUGCACGAAUACAUGCAGAAAAUGCCAUCAGGCAGAAGAACCAGGCCAUUAAUUUCCUGCGCAUGAGUGCCAGGGUUGAUGCUGUGGCAGCAAGAGUUCAGACUGCAGUGACAAUGGGCAAGGUAACGAAGUCGAUGGCAGGGGUGGUGAAAUCCAUGGAUGCCACUCUGAAGAGCAUGAACCUGGAAAAGAUAUCUGCAUUAAUGGAUAAAUUUGAACAUCAGUUUGAAACACUGGAUGUGCAGACGCAGCAGAUGGAGGACACCAUGAGCAACACUACAACACUAACAACACCACAAAACCAGGUGGAUAUGCUUCUACAGGAAAUGGCAGAUGAAGCAGGCCUUGAUCUGAACAUGGAACUACCUCAAGGGCAGACAGGUUCUGUUGGUACAAGCGUUGCCUCAGCAGAGCAGGAUGAGCUGUCACAGAGGCUGGCCCGCCUUCGUGAUCAAGUUUAAGUUAAGCAGAGCUGCAGCCCUGGCUGUGCUGUCAGAAUACUGAGGUUUCCCCCCUGUGCUCAAAAGGUGCGCGCAGUGCGGCGUAGGUGUUCCAAUAUUUGUAACGUAGGGUUCUUCACUCUGAGCUUCUCCUCUUUCUAAUACAUUCAGUAAUCCAGAAGUAUCAGCUCUCAUGUCUUUUUCUGUACAUUUUGAAGUUGAUAUAUUUUUGGCAAGCUUUUUUUCACUGAAUCAAGUUGAUAUCCUAAGUCAGCCAGUAACGCCGGAGCAUUCUAGCUGAAAGGAAAGCAGAGUGCUAUUGAUAAAUAUUUUAAAUUAUGAAGUGAUUUUUUUUUUUUUUUUUAAAUUAUGAGAACUGUUUGUGGUUGGAGAACUGAUAUAUUCAGUUCUGAUGAUUGUAGUAGCCAACUUUCUUAUAUAGCCAAGCUCCUGGAACCUUAGAGGUGGACAGUGUGGACUUCAUGCAAGUACACUUGUCAAAAUGAAAGAGUGGACUUCGGCCUGUGGUGGUUGUAAUAUUGUAAAGCUACAGUAAUGGUGCAGGUUCAGUUAAAAAUAAGUUACCAAAAGCUGUUUUCAUGUAAUUGGGAACUUGUACGGUUUGAUCACUUUAGUCCAGGAGGAAUAAAAUAUAUUUUUCAA